AUGAAAGAGAAAAAUACAAAGAAAUAUUUGGAACCAGGAUAUGAUCCUCAUCAAUUGCGGGUGGUGGAUUUGAAACAACUUUUGGAUCAUUAUGACAUAGCAUAUCCAUCCAAAGCAAGAAAAGCAGCUUUAAUAGAGAUUUUUUCCGAUGAGUUGAUUCCAAAGUUGAGGGAAGAGAAUGGCAGGUUUGUCGAAACAAAAAAAAACGUUUCACACCGAAAAAAGGCCGCAGGAUCAUCACCGGAUUUUGUGAAGGUGAAGACGGGGAAAAAAGUCUUCAAAGUGGAAAAGCCAAUACUGAAGUCACCUAGCAAGGAAUCACGAAAAACACUUCAUCACCUGUUAGAACAACAACAGAAUUCAUCAAUUAUGUCCGUUUCCGAAGAUAGGACGUCAAUUAACCCAUUUAUAGAAUCUACAGUUCCAAAAAAGAGACCAUUCAAGCGCGUGGAUGAAACAAGUAACAAAAAUGGAAAUACAUUGACACAUUCCGAUUCUUUCUAUAAACCAACUAGGAGAAAAGAGCAAUUUUCGUCUUCACCGAUUAGUUCACCUUCGAAAUCAGGAGCUCCUACUGAUGCAUUGUUUCCAAGGAAUGUUGCCAUUAAAUUUGAGGACGAUAACAUCAACGAGGACAGUAAGCGGGAAGAUACUGUCAAAUCAACCAAGAGACGGAAAACUUCACGUCGCUCCCCGAGAAAAACGUCUAAAAGUGAUGUUAAACCGGAAAAGACUCAGAAAGACGGUAAGAAUGUGAAAUCUGAGACCAGAGAAGAGCAAAAUACUCCUAAUGAAUCAUCAUCAACCACCUCUCAGCUUAGAGACGGUGAGCCAGAUGAAAAACACAAUUUAUCUGGCCUUGAAAGAUAUGAAAAUGAAACAGGAAGUAGUGUCGUGCGCAAAGACCAAUCAGAGUUACAUCCUGAAAGCUCAGAAUUGUCAUCUCUUAAUUACAUAACUGCGGUUAAUGAGCCAAGAGAGGUAUCAGACAACGAAUCUAAUUUGAAUAUAAACAAAAUAAUGGCCGUCUCGGCUUCCACUCCAGUAGGCUCUCCUAAAAAGAAGGCUCAUAUGAGAAUCAAGUCUACAAAGAAAAAUAACAAUGCGCUUACACUCAAAUUAAUGAAUGAAGCACAGGUCGGAAAAAGGGAGAGAAAGCAUGAAAUUAUCAAAAGCACAUCUUCUCAUGAUUUGUCCUCAUCCGACGAGUCUAUCCGCGCGCAAAUACACACACCAGAAAUGCAGUCAUCUGAAGAGGAUGAAACUGUUUUAAAGCACCUACAGGAUGAAUUCGAUAAGGAGACUUCUAGAGUGGAAGAGGAAUCUAUGAUCGCCAUGAAAUCCGUUGACUCGUCACUCAAGCCCUUUAUCUCUCGGAUUGCAAUAUACCGAUUCAUUUUUACAUGGAUAUUCUUCUUGUUCUCAUUUCUCUUUUUUUCAAUAUAUCGCCAACAGAGAAUAUCCAUUGGCUUUUGUGGGUAUGAGGUUUACAAGCCAUUUUUAACAGUUAACAAGUUGGAACAUCCUGCUUUGGCGGAGUAUGCCGAUGCUUUGAACGAGGCUUUCAAAAUGAACUGCGUUCCAUGUCCCGAACACGCGAUAUGUGGCAAGCAUUCUCAUUUAGAAUGCAGACAGGAUUAUACCAUUUCAAAACCUUGGUAUUCCGGAUUUGGGUUAAUUCCAACUUUGAAUAAAUGCGUUUUGGAUUCUGAGAAAGUUGCCAAAAUCAAUAAAAUUGUGAAGGUGAGUUGUGAUGUGUUGGCAAAAAGGAAUGCCAAUUUCAAUUGUGGCACCGGAGACGACGACCAGGUUGGACUUGAUUUCAGAUCCCUUCAGGACUACAUAAUUGAAAGACUCGAUAUGGAUAAAGAACUAGAGGAUGGGGAAUUCGGCUAUUUAUGGGAUAAAUCAUUGGCUUUAAUGAAGGAAAAGCAGGAUUUGGUGUUCCAUGAUGAUUUCAUAAGGUCCAACUCGCACUCGAAAUUCAGUAUCAAAUGUAAAUUAAAGCACUUCUUUUUGGAUAUGCUCAUCCGUCUUAAAUACUGGAUUAUGGGACUCUCUGCAGUACUUAUUAUAAUGGGUGCAGUUUACUUAAAGUUGAAAAUGUACAUAGGCGAAAAAAAGAUGGUAAAAGAGUUGACAGAAAAGGUGAUUGAAAAAUUGCAACAGCAAUCUACUCUUUUCAGGCAUCACGAGGUUGAGCAUCGGUAUAUUGGAAAAAUACAACUUCGUGAUUAUUAUUUAACUGAUCCAUCUAUUAAACAGAAAAAGCGUACAGAGAUUUGGGAAAAGGUCACGAAAGUGAUAGAAAGGAAUAGUAACAUUAGUGCUUACCAACUUGAAGUGAAUGGUGAGAUCAUGCGUGUAUGGGAAUGGGCAUCUGAUAUAUAA